UUAUUUCAUUGAACUUUAAAGGUGUUGGCCGCAAGAUGGUCGACCGGCGGCCGACGCAACCCGAAAGGGAACUCCGUAGCUGAUAGCUCUGCUGAAACUUGAUGAUCCAGUAAGGAAAGAAAGUUUUAUAUUGUAUUCAGAGAGAGAACAUAAAAGGGAUGCAUCUAUGGCCGUCUUUGAGGAUCAGAGAGUCGUUCAAGUUGGCGUACCUGCAGAAUUUGGAAUGGAACCUCCAUAGGAUGAAGCAGCAACAGAAGCAUCAGUCUCAGCAGAAACUCGUGGAUGUUAGUGAAGGAGGAGACGCAGUCGAUUCAGAAGCGCAACGUGGUGGUGGGGCCCUGAUCUUGUGCCGGGAGCUGCUUCUGAUCCUCUCUUGCUGUUACUGUUGCUUCUGUUGUGGAGCUUGUGUUGAUGAUGAAGAAGCAAAUUGAGUAUUCCUUUUGAGAUUUGCUUGUACAAACAAGAUCUUAUCGCAUUGCUCAAGCAAGAGGGGGGGAAAGUGUCUGUAUUGCUGUAUAGCUGCUUCUGAACGCACUUUAUUCGCAGAUUUUCUUUGUGCCCAGCUGUGGUUAUUGGUUUAUCUUUCUAAUUAGUUUAUAUGUUUCUGAUUGAUUUCCUUAUCAUUGAUGAUUGAAUUGUCUCCUCUUGCUUCGUGGCAUUACAGCAUUGCUCUCUGAACUUAACCAAAAUAGCAUCGUAUUAUGAUGUUUAAAUAUAAGGGA